GCUUGCUUUCUCCUCACUCCUUGCCCAACUUUCCCCCCCCCCCCUCCAGCCUGUAAAAAACGAAUGGCGCUCCUUUUGACAUGAUGGCUCUUCUCUCCCCGGUCUUUUAACUCGGGGGCACGCGGUGUAUCCCCCGGGAGCACGUUGACACGGGAGCGCCUUGCUCCGUGUUGCCGUUCUUUCUGCGGGGACUUCGGCGCCCGAGUCGGUGGCUUUUAGGGCGGCCGAGGGGCGUCUUGGGGGCUCCGCUUCCGUCGGGGAAGCAUGAGAGGCCCCAGCGAAGCGUUCCUUCCUCGCCGACCUCCCUGCUGCCUCCGGGUCCUCAUUCGCGGCCCUGAUUCUCCGCUGCGCCAGCAACUCUCGGGAACCGGGCGCCACCGCGUGCCGUUUGGAGCCCCCCGACCGAGUAGCGUCUAGCGCUCGGUGCCGUUGUCUGCCGGGCGAGGGCGAGACGCAGCUGCCGAGGCGAGCAGGGGAGUCUGGAAGAGCACCGCUAGACUGCCGCUUGGAGCCCGAAGCGAUGCUCUGCUCGCUGCAGGGCUCCUACUCCGGCGGAGAAGGACACAAUUAUGUCCGCUGAGGAGCUUAACGCUACCACUUUGAAGGAUGCUCGGUUGAAAGACCUGCUUUUGCACAGAGCGGAACUAGAAUUUAUUCAGAUUAUCAUCAUCAUUGUGGUGAUAACUGUUAUGAUAGUAGUAAUCAUCUGCUUGCUGAAUCAUUAUAAAGUGUCAACACGGUCCUUCAUCAGCCGUCAGAGCCAAAGCAGGAGGCAAGAGGAAUCUUUACAACCGGAAGGGUGUCUGUGGCCUUCUGACAACUCAUCUUCUCGACAGGGACCUUCAGAGAUUAUGUAUGCCCCACGGUCCAGGGACAGAUUUACUGCUCCAUCCUUUAUGCAGAGAGAACAUUUCAGUCGCUUCCAGCCAACUUAUCCAUAUGUGCAGCAUGAGAUUGAUCUUCCUCCUACAAUCUCUCUCUCUGAUGGUGAAGAGCCUCCACCGUAUCAAGGGCCAUGCACACUGCAGCUUCGGGAUCCAGAACAACAGAUGGAACUCAACAGAGAAUCCGUGAGAGCACCACCAAACAGGACUAUCUUUGACAGCGACUUGAUAGAUAUUUCAGUAUACAAUGCGGGCCCUUGCCCACCAAGCAGCAAUUCGGGAAUAAGUGCAACCAAUUAUAGCAGUAAUGGAAGGAUGGAAGGACCACCCCCAACUUACAGUGAGGUCAUGGGGCAUUAUCCAGGUUCCUCUUUUUUCCAUCACCAGCAAAGCAAUGCACCUUCUUCAUCACAGAGGGGGAGCAGACUUCAAUUUCAGCAGAACAAUUCAGAGAGCACAAUAGUCCCUAUUGAAAGCAAAGACAAGAAACCAGGAAACUUUGUCUAGUUUCUUUUUCCAUGUGCACUUGAAGAGAGAUGGGAGAAUCAAGCAGGAGCAGAAUGGAAACUUCUAUGUCCCUGUGCACAAUGUUAAAAGUUUCAUGUGACACAAUUUAGUAAAACCAAACGUACAAGGCCGUUCUUUAUUUCUGAUUCCUUUAAGGGGAAUUGCAUGAAAAUUGUUUUGAAAUAAUUGCAUCCUUCCAUUCAGUUUGGCCACGAGCAGUGUUUUUUAAAAAUAUAUUAUUUUUUUAAUAAUGUAUUUGAAUUAUUUAAUUUUAAGAAGUAACUUAGGCACAGAAACAUGGCUUGAUUGGCCUGUUUUAUAGUAAGUUAAAGGCUAAAAGAAGAGAGUAAGAAAGAUUAUUAGAUAAAUGGGGGCAAAAUUGGCCAGUUUGCUUUCCCUCCCCUCUCCCAGAAUAUAUAAUUUCUUUUUUCCUGUCUCCACAUUUAUGUUGUGUGCCAAGUUUUUUUUUAAACUAAAUGAAUACAAGGAGUUAAUUUCUGUUGUGAUACCAGUGUGUUAAAUUUGCACUAUCUUUAAUGUUUUAAAUAUAUGCGAGGGAACUGUUUUACCUAAGGUUCUUCUAUACAUUGUCUUUUCACCUGUGGAAAGAUUAUUAGCCCCUAGGACUUUGCCCAGGCCUCUAUUGAUAAUCACCAUUUUGGGACAAAUAGAUUUAAAUAGAUCUCUUAUCAUUUUACAUAACUAAGAAUAAAUGAUAGAAGACAUUUUAACACAUUACUGUUUGCAAUAAUUUUGCAUUCAAAUAGGGUAUCAGCAAAUUGUCUUAGAAACUUAUAGAUGGAAGAAAGCAAAUGUGAAAAUACCGAAGCACCUUCUUUAGGUGGUUUUAGCUAUAAGCCAUUUGUUUCACUAGAAGCAGAUUAAAAUGCCACAUUUACUUUUUUUGUAAUUACAGCUAUAUCUUAACUGCUUGUCACCCUUUUUUUAUACAAUUCAGUGUCAGCAGUACUUAAAGCUUUUGCAAAUUUUUAUCUCCAGUGUAGCCCAUAAUAUAUUCAGUCAUAUAGCCUUACAUCAUACAAUAAAUGAUUUUAAAAGUACAACAUGGAUUCUGCUGUUAAAUUAUAAUUUUGUUGUGGUUUAAUAUUAAUUUUUGUGUUUUACUUUCUAAAGACAGUGGAUCUCUUUCUUCUCAGUCUGUAUUUCUUAACUGAUAAUGCGAAAAUAAUUGAUUGCAGAAUGCUACUAGGAACUGUUUCAGAAUAUUAAUCAGUUUUACAAUUGGUUAAUGUCAUCCUUCUGCAUCAAUCUGAUUUUAUAUCAAUUGUGCAAGCAAUCAUAUGUUUUAGGAUCCUGUUUUCGUAACUGAAAUUGUCUUAUCCUCUUGAAUGGCACAUUAGGACUGCUCCAGUUUUUUAGAAUUGGACUCUAAAGUAUUCUAGCAACUUUGACCUGUUUGGGAAUUAUAGGUUAUUGGCUUUUACGCUUGAUCUCUGUGUUUUAAGUAAAUUGAAAGAGUUUUGAAGGAAAUGGUUUUCAAUUCAAAAGCACACCUAAAGCACAACAGGCACUUCAAAUAUGGUUAGUGAAUGAACUUUAAAAGAAAACAGAAGAAAAUCUAGAGUCUUGAUUCUGAUAUUCUGGGCAAAAUUGCAGUUGCGCAGCGAAUUUCCCUCAAAGUUUCCCUUUUCUAUGGUUUUAUAGGCAACGUUUUCCUAACUGAAGUAAUCUGACAAGUGCACCAGCUGCACUAUAGUAACGUACUGUACUGAUAUGUUUGUUCUGUUUGCAGAAGUUUUUCUCUUUCUGGGGGACUUCUAUAACCUGAAGUGAGUUAGACUGAAAUCUGAACGAGUUUCUGAUCUAUGCAGAGUUUUUAUGCCAAAAUAGCAUGUGUGGUGGAUGUGCGUUUUAGUUGCAUCUCUGUCUGGAUGCUUCCAUGGCUCAUGAACUUGAUGACUAGCUCGAAGAACGCCCUUAAAUAACAAUUCUGUUCUAAAGAUAGAACCCUGUUUUUGUAGUUGGCUAGAAUCUGCUUGUGUACUGGUUACGUAGCCAUGAUUUAGAAGCUGUUUUUAUGAUCCAUGUGAUCUCUGCUGAUUCACAUAUCUGUCAUGUGAUAACUGUAAACAUUUUGUGAUAACUGUGUGAAACAGCCAUUACAAGUUGGCAUCUUCAGAGUUCUCAUAUUUGGUGAAUAUUGUUUCUUUCAAUGGAUGUGAGCUUUUAAUAUUAUUUGGUAUUGCCCAUUUAAAGAUGUAAGACUGAAGUUCAGUGAAUCUGUUUUUGAAACCCUGAUCUCCAAAUGAAAUUUCUCUGAACUAACACUCAGAAUGACAUGGUCAUAUACUGAAUAUGACAUAUCUUAAAUUACAACUUGGAUUUAGCUGAGAGGGCAAAAGAGCUAAACUCAUGUUAAUACAAUUUAUAGCUAUAAAAUAAUUUUUAUUGUAUGAAUGGAUAAUUAAGUCAAGCCUAGUUUUUGAAUUUGGAAAUUGCCAGUCUUAAAUAUGGAAACUAUUGAAUAUGUAGAUGGGAAGUGGGUGUAGUGAUUAAACUGCUUGGAAUUGAAAUUUAUGUACUAUUUAUUCAAAAUGACAUUUCAUAAAAAGUAAUUUUAUUUGAUGUUAAACCAGAUUUUAAUUUAAGCACUGACUUGUUCAAUUUUUAGAUUAUUACUAGAAAACUCCCUCAAGUUACUAAAACUCUAUUUCCUUUAUUUUAUUCAAAUGUUUUAUUAUUUUGGUCCUGUUAUUGCUGAAAGCUCUAGAUAGCUCAUGUAUUAGGAUUCAAAAUGUGUUAUAAUGUGUAGGAACAGAUGCUUACUUUAGAAAUGAGCCUUUCCUUAUGCAACCUCUUGUAUAAUUCCUGGAUCUUGCUUUAAAUAAUGCCAUCCUGGAAUAGUGCCACAACAAUCUCAGUAGGUUGAUUGGAUGGUUCUUUUAUUCUUUCUUUCUUUCUGACUCUUUUUUGAAUCUGGCACCUCUGCAUAUUAAGAGGAUUAUCUUCUCUUACUACUGCUAUAUUCGUAUUUUCCACAAAUACAAAUUUGUUUGAAAGCUUUAUCCCAAAUUCAUAUGAAAGCAGUUUGGUUAGGAGUUAGGAUAAGAAUGACUGGGGAGUGUUAAUUCUAGAGUGCUGCUUCAGAUAUUGUAUCUUAAUAUUUGAUAUGGCAAGUACUUUUAAUGAGAAGUUCAUAGGAAUGGAGUACUUGUGGUUUUUCAAAUUCAAAACUAUUUGUCCCUCUUUUAAUGGUGAAAAUGCUCUAAACUUAAACCUGAAAUUGAGUCAUUGCUUUUAGGAUCCAGAUGAAAUGUCUUGGAAGUAUCAGUUGUAGUGAUAAGUCAGACUCAAGACAUUUUCCUUCCUAAGGUGGAGCAUCAAAUGGCACCCUCCCCAAAUCGAUAUUCGCGCUACUAAAAGUUGUAAGUUACUUGUAGCUCCUGAAGCAGGAAAUGCCAUAAGUGUACUUUCCUGCAGCCAGGCAGUCAAAACAGAGUAGUAAUGUCCUUUUCAUGACCCUUUCAGAACUGGUUGUCUGAGGUUAUGACGUCACUCUCCCUAAUAAUAGGUUGGCCUUGUCCAGUGGCUGGCAAUGCAAAACAUGCAAGCCACAUAUAGAUAACAAAAUGAUUGUAAUAAAGUUAAUUUCAUGUUUUUCAUUUUUCAAGGAGAAGCAACUUCCUUUUAUAGACAAACCAGCCUGUGAGAAAAAGACAAGCAGUCUAUUCAAAAUUGUAUAAAUUAGUAAUUUUUUUUUUUUUAACCUACAUGUGCAACUCCAACUUUUGAACAAUGCAGUCCAUGGAAAUUUUCUUUUGUUACUAAGUACAAUUAUGUGCAGCUCUGAACCACCUAAAUAACAUUGUUUUUUAUAACAUUGACACAUACACAUAUACAUGAACACCUUUUUUUUUUUUUUUACUUAGGUCAUCUUUUAAUUAGGAUAGAUGCUCUUGCUUAAUCCAGGUAUUGUGGCUGUUCGUUUAUUUUCAGCUUAGAAUCCAGUUAGACUUUCUUAACAAUUUUUUUAUCCCCCCCCCGCCCCCAAAUUCUUAGUAUAACUUCUCUGUUUUCAAAGAAGAGACAUGAGAAUGCACAGGGAUUAAUAACAGAAUUAACCCCAACACUCUCUUAAUUAAUGAAGGUUUCAUCUGUACUGAAUACCUUUGUUUCCUCAAGAAAAUAGUAUGCAGGUUUAUAGAGCAUGUUUGGUUAGGAGCCCAAAAGUCUAGCUUUAACCUCAGAGUUCUUUACUUGCCAAAAAUAUUGCAAAGAAAUAAAUGGCUUUAAUCUAAAUUUAAACUACACAAUUAAAGCCCACCUUCCCCUUCUUUUCCCUUUUUGCAAUUGUGAUUACUUGUAGUAAUCUAUGUACGUCUAUUCAGAUAGAAGUCCUGUGGUUUGUUUUGCUAUAAAUAACCACGUACAGGCUUACAAGCUCAAUGUUAUUAAUUAAGUCUCAUUAACUCAAUUCAUCAUACCCACAUGUACAUUUCCAAGAAUUUAGCCCAUGUGUCUGUUGUUGUGUAUGAAACACAGCAAUGUGCAUUACACCUUCAGUUUCUUCCUAUGAAGUACUUAUUUAAGAUCCUUGUGUAACGCAGAUACAGAUACAGGAUUCUUUCUCUGUAUACUUUAUGUUCCAUAACUUCAGAUACUUUGCACAGAAGCUCAGGAUCAUAAGACUGGGGAAGGAAGAAGGGAAAUGAUUUUAUAUGUGAGGUUUAAAGUAUUUGUGAAGUAAAUUUGGUUAGUUUUCACUGAUCAAAUUUAUUGAUCUUUCGAAAAGCAUGUUGCAUUUUUCUAAACAUUGGUGGGGGAGAUUUUCUUCUAAACUGAAGAAAAACAAAUACAAAUCUCAAUUUCAAGUAAUUUCAGUCUAAAUCUCUGAGAUUGUGAUAUUAAAAGGACAAUUAAAUGGACAAUUUGUAUUUAUAAACUAACAAGGGAAUUUGACCAAAACAUUUAAAACACUUUAAUGUUGAAAACUACAUUGUCAUGACGACAUGUUUGAUUAUACUUAUACCCAAAGUUCUGGACAGGAAACACAAGGUUGUUGUAGUGCUUGUUAAGAUGCGUUAAUGCUGCUAUAGAAAGGAAAUCAGUCUAUUAUUGAUACUGAAAAUGAGACAGAAAUUACUCUGCCGCAUAUUAAAUGCAUAAAUACAUAUUUAAUGGGUUAAUUUGACCCCAUGGAAGCAGAGAGAUUGCAAUGGCAAAUGACUUAUAACCAUUUCCCAGACUUACUAGAGAUGGGUUUAAUUUGUAUAUAAUACAACACAAUAAAUUUAUCAUAUUGUUCUUUUCUAAAACAAAACUAUAUUGCAGUUAUCUACAUUGAAACCUUGAUCAUAUUGAAAAGCCAGCCUGGUAAGUCCUAAAUAUAUAAUAAUAAAUAAUAAUAGAGAUAAACAAUAUAAGAAAUAUGCCGUGAGACCUUUAUUUUUGAAGGAAGAGACAAUUUACCAUAAUUUCAGGAACAUACAUUUUCCAUGACCCAUUAUCUCUAAAAUUCGUAAUGUGUGGGUUUGAAAUUUCUGUAUAAGAACAGAUACAUUUCAAUUCUGGAAUAUGUCUGUGGCUAAAAUAAAGGGUAAAACUUUGCAUGUUUCUUUAACUGUGUAAUUUUUAUUUAGCAGAGUUAGUCUAAGUACACAUGCACAUGGAUGGAUAUUUUGCAGUAUUACUUGGCGUGGGGAAGGAGAGAUCUGAAUUUGCAAGCUACUAAGGAAUUGUGUUAAUUCUGUGUUAAUAUAAAUAGACAAAGAUGAGAAAUUCUAAAUAAUUUACUAAGGGCUUAAUGUGUUGUUUCUGAAGUUGGGAUGAUACAUAGCUCCCCUAUCCAUACCACCUCGUAUAUGUGGCA